AUGUUCUCUCUUAAUGGUGCGGCUGGGUCUCGCUUAUAUACGCCUCAGGCAACGCUGGCUGUAUUGUCUCCGGAACUCUCAGGAAGGCAGGAGCCAUUAAUUUAAUUAAGAAGAAGAAGAAGCCUCAGAUGACUUUACUGCUGGCGAGCGAUCGACUAAGCGCAAGUCAGAUACAGUCUCACCGUUUGAGAUGGAGGACGCAGGUGGAAAAAAAGGAUAGAGAGAAAGAUAAGAGAGUUGCUGUAAUACAGGUGCAGACCUUGGGAUUUUGUACGCAUACACACACACAUCUGCCUUCCUACCUGUCAUCAAUUUGUCUGGCACAUAGACAUCAUAGAAAAUUCACCUUAUCGCGAAUGAAGCUGUCAAUAUAUGGACGAUGUCGUUAUCGUUGGCUUAGGAAACCUAUAAGAUUGCAGCAAGCGAAAAAAAAAGAACCCUAAGGGAGUAUAUCUGUCUUGAGUGAGUGGGAAGGAAAAAAUUUGUGUUUCUAGAGGCUGGUUGACUUGGCGCACAAAUUAUCUUUUGCACGAAUCGUCAUGAUACCGAGCUCGUCUGCGUGAUGAUGACUACAACGAUGAGAAAUGAAGUUUCAUGCAAUGAACUUCCAUUCCCCCGAUCGAUCGUUUCCCCAGAUCCAGAAAAAGUUCAUUUUCGUUGAAUAACAUAGGCUAAUGAUGAAGAGAACCGUUAUCUUAAGGUCACAGGUAUACUUCAAGUAAGGUAAUUCGGCAUGCGAAUAACCUAUUAGAAUUAUCGGAAGUUUUUCCUGUUUGUAAAGUUUCCAUGUUAUGCUUGUUCUGCGUUGCCCUAAUAAUGUGUUCAUAGAUCUGCACAACCUUCGGCCAUGCCGAGACCAGGAUAGGACGUUAACGUGUAUGUUUUAGAUGUUCAGAAAGUAUGAGAGAUAUUUGAAGAAUAUAUACCGGUAACUUAGCAAGUGAAGGAAAAAUUGUCUAUGUAAAAAGAGUUUAUGCGCAAGGAUUAUAUAUUAUGUGUAAGAAGUGGGCGGAAAUGUUAGGUUUUUCCAUUUGGUAACGUUGGUUUCAAUUGAAGUAGGAACUGAAUUUUAUUUCAUUUCUAUUAGUCAUCUUGCAUCUUAAUAUCUUUUUGCAAACAUAAUUUAUGUCAAUUGUAAAAAAUUUGAAGAUCCGAAGAUCUAAGAAUUUGGAGACUGACUAUCCUGGAACUAGGAGGAAUCCAUGUAUACAUCUGGGAAUCUUUACUAGCCAAAGCUUUCAAAGUCAAUGUUUAGAAAAUUGAAAAAGAAUCUUUAUAUCUUCAUCGAAAUCCCAAUCUUAGCCGACCAGUUUAAGGAUUUAAGUCUGUACCAGCAAUGAAUCGAGGUGUACACGAAGAAAAAAAUCAUACAUAAAAUAAGAGCACAAUGAAAAAAUAUUUUUAUUUAAAACGGCACAAACAACACAACACAAAUAGCAAGAGUGGUAAAUCAACACCAAUUGAAAGGAAUUUUCUAUUACGGUAAAACCUGGCUAAGUAAAAUUUAUAUCUAUAUAUUGGAAUUUUUGAUCAAAUUGUUUAUCUGGUAAUUUAAGGUGUGUUACAUGGUAAAUUAUCUUAGUUUAGUACUCUCAUUUUAAUAAUUAAGUUUUAUAUUUACAUGAUAACAAAGUAUGAUUUGAACUUUUUUCUCAAUAAUAUCUCUGGUAGCAAGCUGAUGCCAUUUUGUCAUCAUUUUGACGUCAAAAUGAUAACGAAAUGACGUAGUUUUGCUACCAGGAAUAAUUUUAUAUUGGAAUGUUUUUUGUGGAGAUAAAUAAAGAGAUAUAAGAUAGGAAGGGGGAGGGGAAGGGGGAGGUGCAAAUGAGACAAACCUUUUUGAUUGACAGACAGCUGCGUGUGUUUGGAAGAUUUCUCAUCCUAUUCGUCCGACUGUGAAGAACUGUGGUUCAAGUGUCCCGAGAUUGGCAUACCAAAAUAUAAAAUGCAAUCUAUUGAUCGUGACUAUAUCGUGAAGAUUUAAUGAGAGUAAAUCUGUUGGAGCGUAACUAGUUAUCGUUCCUUAUAUCGUAUAAUUCCUAUAUCAUAUUCGUAAUAUAAUUUACAUAUUGCAUUUUGCUUUGUUCGAUUCUUUUUGUUUUACAUAGCAGGCUGCAGAACGAAAGAACUAGAUCUAAACCUUUCAUAGAUUAGAUAAAUGUCCCCGACCGUCAUUAUCUGCACAGUCCUAAUUCGACAACCUGUCGACGAUACAAUUGGUGAUCAUCAGGAGAUACUACUGGAUUUGUAUGAAAACGAUAAAGGUAACAAGAGACUGAAGAUCAUUAUUGAUCUUUGAUCCUUGUACUUUGUGCCUUAUGAAUGUAAAUAUAGACGGGGGGAAGGAGGGGUAGGGGAAA